AUGCAUCUCCAACAUGUAUCAGCAUUUCUAUUGCUCUUAUCCGGUUUAAGGCUCAGCCAUGCAAACCCGGACGAGGAUACCAUUCUCCGCCGACAUGCAGAAAUCGAAGCGCGAUUUGCAGACUCUCCCAUCCAAGGCGUUCGGAAGAUGAGCGAGGAUGAAGGAGAGAAAUUCUUCUUCGAAUACUGGCAAUUCGAACAGGCUUUGGACAGUACUACUGGGAAUCUUUCCUCUAAUGCGGAAGUGGAGAGUAGGUCUUUGGAUCAGGACAGGGAAGAGGAGGCUGGUUUCUCACCAGCCGAAGGCCAGGUCCUCGCUCGUUCACAUCCACUCACACCUUCUUUCUCUGGCGUCGCAGACCCUGGCUUUGACCUGCGCAACCUUUUUGGACGGGAUUUUAAGUGUCCGACUGGGACAAAUGCGUGUUUGAGUAUCAAUCGGUCUGAUCGUUGCUGCGGAACUGGCGAUACGUGUGAAGUGAUUCAUGAUACGGGCCAUGGGACUGUGGGGUGUUGCCCCAAAGGACAGAGCUGCUCCGGGAGAAUUGGGUCCUGUCAGAGUGGGUAUACGGCUUGUUCGAAGGCUUUGGGUGGGGGGUGCUGUAUUCCGGGGUUCGCGUGUGUGGAGGGUGGAUGUGCAUAUACCUCGGUAGUUACAGUGACAGACGGUAACACUGUGACAACUUCUACAAUUACCUAUUCGACUCGACCGCAGAAUACCAACUCUGGAUCGACGGAGACUACAUCCACCACAUCCACUGCGUCCACUGCAUCGACCGCAUCUACUACAUCCACUGCAUCUACAGCCAAGUCAACCUCCACUGGCACGGGAACAGAUACUUUGGGUGCACCAGGACGCCCGAUCAUAUCAACGACAACGACUGGCACCCAUACAACGACCGGACGGACGGAUAUGUGUCCCACGGGGUUCUACGCCUGCUCCGCUGUUUACCAUGGCGGUUGCUGUCAAACAGGAAGGAAUUGUGAUACGACCUCAUGCCCGACAACUCAAUCCACCACCUUCACCUCGAACGGCGAGACCAUUGUGGUUCCGGUGGCUACAGGGAACUCGGGUUCGCGCUCAGGGAAAUGUGCGCAGGGGUGGUUCCGCUGUGCAGAUACGGUGGGUGGGGGAUGCUGUCCGCAAGAAUAUGUAUGUGGUGCAAGUUGUACGGCGACGGGAUCGGCAGCGACAACAGUGGCGAAGGAGCAGCCGACGGGGGGAGCCCAGACAGUGCGAGUUAGCAAAGUGAUGGCAGUGGUGUGGGUGGUUGUGUUUUAUGUAGUCGCGCCUUCCGUCUGCGCACUCGCACUGGCACUUGCCGUACGGAAUAUCGCCGAAUUUGGCCGACCGUCACACCGGAUUACUCCACUCCACCUUCUCUCCCCAUCUGCCCCAUCUCCAUCUUCUCCAUCUCCUCUCCUCUUUUCCCUCUCCCCUCCUCAUCCUGCAUUUGCCUUCGACUCUUAUCCCUGUCCGAUCUUGCCCAGUCUAUCGCUGAACUCCCUCAUCAGGUCCAUCGCCAUCAUGUCCGACACACAACAGAAGCCCCUCCCCUUCAUCUACCAAUUCGCCGCCGGUGCGGUGGCCGGUGUCUCUGAGUCCACCCCCAAGACUCCAACCGCCCGCGAAGCGCGCACGCAGUGGCUAAUCAAUCUCCCCGCACGACCAGAUCUUGUUGAUACUCGAGUUCAACUUCAGAGCGGUACUCCCGUUCCCGGCGCCGAGCACUACAAUGGCAUGUUCGACUGCUUCCGCAAGAUCAUCAAGCAGGAAGGUUUCUCGCGCCUGUACCGCGGUAUCUCUGCCCCCAUCCUGAUGGAGGCUCCCAAGCGUGCGACCAAGUUCGCCGCUAACGACAGCUGGGGUACCUUCUACCGCGGCGCAUUCGGCGUGACCCAGCAGACCCAGUCCCUGGCCAUCCUGACUGGCGCUACAGCCGGUGCCACUGAGGCCUUCGUCGUUGUUCCCUUCGAGCUGGUCAAGAUCCGUCUGCAAGACAAGGCCUCUGCAGGCAAGUACAACGGCAUGUUGGAUGUCGUCAAGAAGAUCGUCCAGCAGGAGGGCCCUCUGGCCAUGUACAACGGUCUGGAGUCCACCCUGUGGCGCCACAUCCUGUGGAACGCCGGUUACUUCGGUUGUAUCUUCCAGGUCCGCGCGCAAAUGCCCAAGCCCGAGCCCGGUAACAAGAGCCAGCAGACCCGUAACGACCUGAUUGCCGGUUCCAUUGGUGGUAUCGCUGGUACAAUCCUCAACACCCCCAUGGAUGUCGUCAAGUCCCGCAUCCAAAACACCACCAAGGUUCCUGGUCAAAUUCCCAAGUACAACUGGGCCUGGCCUGCCAUUGGCACCGUCAUGAAGGAGGAGGGCUUCGGUGCGCUGUACAAGGGCUUCAUCCCCAAGGUGCUGCGUCUCGGACCCGGUGGUGGUAUCCUGCUCGUGGUGUUCACUGGUGUGAUGGACUUCUUCCGGAAGAUGCGCGAGGAGAAGUAA